AUGGGGCGCAUCGCGCGGCUGGAGCUCGAGAACUUCAAGUCGUACGGCGGCGUGCACGUGGUGGGGCCCUUCCAGCGCUUCACGGCGGUGGUGGGGCCCAACGGCAGCGGCAAGAGCAACGUCAUGGACGCCAUCGCGUUCGUGCUGGGCGUGCACUCGCGCCACCUGCGCUCGACGCAGCUCAAGGACCUGGUCCACAGGGCCCCGAGCGACGACGACACAACCAGCGCCCGCACCGCCGCCGUCACGCUCACGUCAUCGGCGUCGCCGUCUCAAAGGGAGGUGCGGUUCGCGCGCCUCAUCUCGGAGAAGGGGGUGGGCACGUACCGCAUCGACGCGCGCGACGUCAGCGCCGAGACGUACCAGGCGCAGCUCAAGGAGAUCGGCAUCCUGGUCAAGGCGCGCAACUUCCUCGUCUUCCAGGGGGACGUCGAGAGCAUCGCCAGCAAGAGCCCGGCCGAGCUCACCAAGCUCUUCGAGCAGAUCUCCAUGUCGGACGAGCUCAAGGCCGAGUACGAGCAGCUGCUGGAGGAGAAGAACGCGGCCGAGGAGAACACCAUCUUCGCCUACAAGAGGAAGAAGGGGCUCGUGGCCGAGAAGAGGCUGGUGGGUGCUGGAUUGGGAGGCUUUUAUUUUAUUUUAUCUUGUUUUUACUGA